UGUGCUUGGACAUAUUUCACAAUUUUUUUAUUUAUUUUUUAAAGGGACAACUCGUGAAGAUGAUGUUGUAGGCUGACCAUUAAUUGGAGGGCUUGGUUGGAAGAGGUUGCAGAAUGAUUCAAAGAGAAAAAUGAAAAUUAACACUCCACUCCAUUGAUGUUGAGGAUGAAUAUAUGUACAAAUCUUUUAUUUGCGAAUGGAUCUAAAUAGACUCUGAUUGUUAGAUUGUUAGAAUAGAAUCUGGAGGCCAACAAGGCCUUCGUCCCUGCUCGUCAGAUAGAUGUGUAUGUGAUUUGAUUUAUAGUUGAUUGAUGAUGCUAACACUCAGAUGUGCAUGUGUAAGGAAACCUAGGGCUUUUCUUCCCCCUCUUCCCAUCAUCUCCAUCUAUGGCGACACCACCGCUGCCGCCGCGUUUUUCUUCUACAUUUCCACCACCGCCCACAGCAGCAACAGAAGCAACAUUGGCUAUAAUCCAUUCUAUCACUUUCAGCCUCCGUCCGCGGCGGCGGCGGCAAUUGGGUCAGAAUUGCAGGGUGGUUCACAGGAGGACGUGGUCCAUUCUUUCAGAGAAUGGUUCAAGUCUGGAAACAAGCCAUUGCUGGACAGAAUAUUCCAAAGCUUGGCCUCUCAUAACGAGGAGUUCGGUGACCACCUGGAGUUGUCUCGACAGGCCGUUGAUGCAGCCCUCUCGCAGCUCGGCCUUCGUCUCACUGAAGACUUGGUGCUGGAGGUCUUGAAUUACGGAAAACAUCAUGUGCUCUCCUGCUUGAAAUUCUUCGACUGGGCAGGUCGACAACCUGUCUUCUACCAUAGCCGCUCCACUUUCAACGCCAUCUUCAAGAUCCUAUACAGGGCCAAGCUCAAGCCUCUCAUGCUCGACUUCUUGGAGACCUACAUGAAGCGGAGACAUGAUCACAGGGUGAGAUUCUAUAACACGCUUGUUAUGGGUUAUGCAAUUGCUGGCAAGCCUGAGGUUGCACUCCAACUGUUCGGCAGAAUGCGCUUUCAGGGUAUAGACUUGGAUGGCUACGCUUACCACGUUCUUCUCAAUGCUAUGGUGGAGGAGAAUUGUUUUGAUGUGGUUGAAAUGUUGGCCAAGCAGAUUGCAGUCCGAGGACUGGAGAGUGAUAUCACACAUUCUAUAUUGGUCAAGAGUUUUUGCAAGCAGAAACAGUUGGAUAAAGCUGAACUUUUCCUUCGUGAGUUGGUGGGUAGCAACCGGGUUUUGAACCAGUACGCUGUGGGUUUUCUUGUGGAUGGAUUCUGUAAGAAUAAUCAGUUUGAGAAGGCAGCAAGGUUGGUGGAGGAGUUUCGGGAGUUGGGUGUGGUCCCAAUGGAGCGUGCUUACAGCGUGUGGAUUACGGAUCUUGUUUUAGCUGGGAAGCUAGAUGGGGUAUUGGAAUUCGUUCAGAGCAUGAAGUCACUUGAAGGUUAUGUCCCUGAUGUGUUCCGUUAUAAUACUUUGAUUUGCAAACUUCUGAGGGAGAACCGACUCAAGGAUGUAUGCAAUUUGUUGAUGGAGAUGAAGGAGAAGAAUAUUUAUCCUGAUCAAGUCACCAUGAAUGCUGUGCUAUGCUUCUUUUGCAAGGCAGGGAUGGUGGAGGUUGCGCUCCAGUUGUACAAUACAAGGGCGGAGUUCAGCCUCUCCCCAAGUAGCAUGGCUUACAAUUAUAUAAUCAAUACGCUUUCUGGGGAUGGGAGCAUUGAUGAAGCUUAUGGUGUGUUGAAAAAUUCUCUUGACCAAGGUUACUUCCCUGGUAAAAAAACCUUUUUUAUACUUGCUGAUGCCCUGUGUAGAGAGGGGAAGCUUGAUAAGAUGAAGGAGUUGAUUCUUGUAGCUCUUGAGAGAAACUUUAUGCCGAUUGAUUCAAUUUAUGAUAAGUUCAUAACGGCUCUUUGUAAGGCAAGGAAAUUGGAAGAUGGUUAUUUGUUACAUGGGCAACUCAACAGAUCAGGUAAAGUUAGUAGUAAAGGUACUUACUUUAACUUGAUAAGUGGUUUUAACAAGUCAAACAGGGGAGAUAUUGCCGCCAGAUUACUCAUAGAAAUGCAAGAAAAAGGUCACAGCCCAACCCGAAAGUUGUUCAGAGCUGUCAUUUGUUGUUUGUGUGAUAUGGAGAAUCCAGAGAAGCAAUUUCUUAAAUUGCUGGAGAUGCAGCUAUCUUGUCAUGAGCCCAAUUGUCAGAUUUAUAACUUCUUCAUUGAUGGAGCUGGGCACGCCGGAAAACCUGAGCUAGCUAGAGAAGUAUUCGAGACGAUGUGGAGAAAUGGUAUCUUGCCCAAUUUGAGUUCUGAAAUACUGAUGUUGCAGAGUUAUCUAAAGAACGGAAGAGUUUCUGAAGCUCUAAACUUUUUUAAUGAUUUGUCCCAGGGAACAAAACUUAGGAGAAAAUUAUACAACACCAUGAUCGUUGGUCUUUGCAAAGCCAACAAACCAGACAUUGCAUUGGGAAUCUUGAUGAAAAUGAGGGAGAACAAAUUAAAACCAAGUCUAGAAUGUUAUGAGGUGCUCAUACAGUUGCUGUGUUCAUAUAAGAAAUAUGAUGUAGUAGUUGGUCUUAUUGAGGAAAUGAUGGAAGUUGGUCGUCAUGUAUCAUCCUUUAUCGGUAAUGUACUAUUGGUACAUUCUCUGAAGACCAAUCAGCUAUAUGGGGCUUGGGUUCAUUCAAAGGGUUCGCACAAUGGGACAUCUUUCAAUUUGUUGCUUGGUGAGCUGAUUGGUACAUUUUCUCAUCAUAUUAGAGUGAAUCAAGAUGUUGAGGACUUAGAAAAAGUGAUUGAACAGUGCUUCCCACUAGACAUAUACACAUAUAACAUGUUGUUGAGAAGGUUAAGCACCAAUAACAUCGACCUUGCUUGUGAGUUAUUCAAUAGGUUAUGUCAAAAAGGGUAUGAGCCCAAUCAGUGGACUUACGAAAUUUUAGUACAUGGUUUCUCCAAACAUGGUAUGACAACUGAGGCUAAAAGAUGGGUUGAAGAGAUGUUCAAGAAAGGGUUUCAUCCAACUGAAAAUACCAAAUUAUUCAUCUAACAGACAAUUACUUGUUGAAGGAACAGCACUGUUUCCAAAACAUCUCUUUCUGAAAGCCUGAAAGAGAAGUGGCAAUAAGAUUACAGCUAAUAGGUAUGCCUCGCUGGCUGACUGCUAUCUCCUUGUUAGCGAGAGAUUGGUUUGGGACAUGCUUUUUCAGUGAUCCUUUCAGGACUAGGAGAUGGAUGACGUCUUUGGUUUUUUAGAGUUUUUGUAUGGCUAGGAGAUCCGUGGAGGAGGUAGGGAUUCUCUUGUUUGGAUUCCUUCUUCUAGGGGAAUGUUUAGUGUGAAAUCUUUCUUCGGAUGCCUUUUGGACCCAGCUAGGGCGGUAUUCCCUUGGAAGGCAGUGUGGCGAACUAAGGUGCCGUUGAAAGUGGCAUUCUUUGCUUGGACGGUCACGUGGGGUAAAAUAUUGAUGCUGGAUAAUUUGAGAAGGAGAAAUCAUAUCGUUGCAUGUGUAAGUGUAAUGGAGAGUCGGUUGACCAUCUUCUUUUGCAUUGUCCAGAAGCGAUUGACUGUUGGAAUCUCUUGUUAGGCCUCUUUGGAGUUUACUGGGUCAUGCCUAGAUCUACGAGAGGUUUGAUGGACACCUGGAGAGGGGGUUGGGUGGGAGCACAGGCUCGAGGGUUUUGGAGGAUGCCACCCUUGUGUCUUUGGUGGUGUCUGUGGAGAGAGCGGAAUAGAAGAUCCUUUGAAGGAGAGGAAUCUUCGGUCAUUGUUCUCAAAUCUUCUGUUAUUAGCUCUCUUUUUUUUUGGGGUUCGGGUGGACUAUGUUCCUCUGCUGAGGAGACUAUUGAGUUUCUGUCUUCCCUGGGGCGUUAGGGUACCCAGGUUUCUUGUUGUUUUGUAGGAACGCGUUCCCCUUUUGAACGCUUUUAAUGAAUUGCUUAUUUAUCAAAAAAAAAAAAAAAGAUUGUGUCUUGUCAGUGGACCUAAAAGUACUUCUCUACAAGCCACAAGGGUUAAAUUUGAUUUUUAGUUAAAGGAAAAAAUUUGUUGCUUUUGUAAUAAAAAACUUUAGGGUGAAUUACACCAACCUCCCUAAGGUUUGCUGUAAUUAUGGGUGCGUAUCAUCUAGUUUGAAAAAUAAUAUUGACCUGUGAGGGUUGUAGAAUUGGAACCCUAGGCUUUGAUGUAGAGUAGCACAAGGCCCGUGACCUAGACCUAGAGGAGGAGUAAAUAGGUAUUUUUUUUUUGUUGAUAAGUAUUAUAGACAGCAUUCAAAAGGGGAGUGCAUCCCAGGAACUACACAAGGGCCAAAUAGGGCCCUUAGACAUCAUAGUAUCCACAAAGUCCACUAUCUUCCCUAUAGAAUUACAAAAUCUCCCCCUAAUCGAACAAAAUAAAGUCUUAAGAAUAGAGAACUUAGGCACACUAAUAUGGGUUUCCUUCUCCCUCGAAGGGGGUCCUAUUUCUUUAUUUCCAUAGGGACCACAACAAGCACAAAGGCGCAACCCUCCAGGCGACACGGACCUGUGCUCUCACAAAGCAUCCCCUCCAUGCCUUAAGAGCAUUUCUCGAAGAAAGGGGCAUAACCCACUGAACUCUGAAGAUGCCUAGGAGCAUAUCCCAACAAUCUCUAGCCAUCGGACAGUGGAUAAGAAGACGGUCAACCGUCUCCUCAGCUGCUUUGCACAUGAAGCAUUGGUUCACAAGGGUCUGCUCCCUCCUCAUCAAGUUGUCUGUCGUAAGAAUCUGACCCAACACCGCUGUCCAAGCAAAAAAGACCACCUUCAGGGGGGCUUUGGUGUGCCACACAUGUAAGAUCCUGAAUUUUAAUCCGGUUCUUUAUUUGCUAUUACGAGCUUAAUAAUAUUUAACUUUGAAUUUGCUAAUCUAGUUGAGUUGAAAAACAAAAAGAAUUUUUGUUUCUAAACAUUUAAUUAUAUGUACUAGAUUUGUUUGCACAUAUAUAGUCACAACACAUGGUAUAUAGACUUAUUUACACAUAUAUUAUAUAUUUAUUAAGUGAAGAAGCUUUUUGGAAUCCUUCAAGAGUUACCAUCGUUGGAGACUUAUAAAUGUCUUUUCUAUUAUGUGAACUUUGUUUACUUGCAUGUGUCUAGUGGUAUUUAUCUACUUAUCCUUUUGUUAUUGGUUGUCUUGGAUUUAUAUUAGCCUGUUAGGUUUAGAAUGAUUUUAUGAAACUGUCCAAAAGAUUAUGUAUGACUAGCAUGUUUACAUUAUUAUUCUAAACCUUCUGUAAUAAUGAUGUAGCGUGAAAUUAUUUAGUUUUGGAGAUUUUCUUACUGCCUUGUAAAUUUAGCAUGUGUAUAAUCUAUGGUUGGUUCAAAAUCUGCAACAUCAAAUUUCUUGAUUGAGCACUAUAGGAGAGAGAGAAAUCAACAAAUGAAUGCAUAUGAUUGCGAAUAUUGGACUGGAAAAAGAAAUCAGCAGCAUAAGUUGUCUAGAAGACCAAAACAGAGUGCUGCCAGAUCACAAAACACUUGGACAGCAGUGGUGAACCAUGCCUAAGAGCCUGUAUUUUGAUCCUACACUUGCGAAGGUUCAGGAUACAAGUCUGCCAAGAGUUCACUAGUUUUUGAUAAUUGCAAUGUUGGAAAUUAUGUUGAUUUUGUGGAUGCCACAUCAGUUUGGGAUGAACUUGCUGGAUGGGUAGAUGAAGAAGGUGAGACAUUGGAGGAAAACUCAACUUUCUCUCUUCAAGAAGUUGACAAAAAGGAGGAGGAACAUAAUGAUGAAAUUAGCACGGGGAUAGACGAAAUUCAAGUAAUGUAAUUGAAUCAAACAACGCAACAACUGAAGAUCAAUCAGCCUACAACGAAGCUGAGAUUGAAGAGGACAAAAAGGUAGGUAAGAGAAAAGAGGACAAAUCUAAAGAAGCAAUUAGCAACUUGUCUAGAGUUGAAGAAGCUGUCACUGUUCAAUUCGCGCCUCAUGGAUUUGACAAUGCUUUUCCUAAUAACAUGUUGCCCAUCACAUUUCCUGGCCGGAACCAUGGCCAUAAUUUAUAUUCUUCUGAUGAUUUGCCCCAGACACUAGAUGGAAAUCUGAAUCAAGGUUCUGCUGUCAAGAGGAUAGAUUUUCAUCCAGCGCAACUUGUUCGAACGAAUAUUGGUGAUGUCGCAUUGUGGGAGGUUGGUGGCAAGGAGAAAUUUCAAGGUCUGUAACCUUUGAUUAUGGUCAAUGUCUCUGCAGGAAUCUUUGGCUAAUGAGUAUCCUGCAUCAAUGAAGAGAGUGAUAUGGAGUUCUGAUGAAACCCAUUUUGGUGCUGCAUACUCCAAGAACACUCAGCAGAUAUAUUCCUACCAGGAGGGUGAAGAUGUAUGGAACCACCUAGAGCUUGAUGCUCAGGUUAAUGGUGUUACUGAUCUUGCUUUCUCUCAUCCAGACCAACAGUUAUGCUUCAUAACUUAUGUAGAGGACAUGACAAGUAAGUUGUGGCAAGUUGCUACUGGUUCUCAACAGUACACUUUGAGGGUCACAAGAUUCCAUUUUAUUCUGUAUGCUUACCUUAUAAGGAAAACAUUCAGUGCAUCUUUUCAGCAGUUAUUGAGAGUACAAAGAAUAAAUCUCAUCCAACAACAUUUUCUCAAGUUGGGCAAUCUGAAUAUAAAAACACUGAUCUUCCAACGGUAUGUAGUUCAGUGAGCAUUACAUCUGAUUCAGGUUGCUUGAAUAACUUGGGAAAUGAUCUGUUACUUGUGAUCAGAGCUAAUAUGGGGAGUGUGUUAACUGUGAAAAAGUUGUUGACUCAAUUCAAAAAUGCUACUGGUCUAGCUGUGAAUAAAGAUAAUUCUGAAGUUUAUCUUACUAGAUCAGUUAGAAGAAGGAAUUCCAUUAUCAGGUCCUUGGGUUGUAAGGUUGGAAAUUUACCUUUCACUUAUUUAGGCUUACCUAUAUCUGAUAAAAUGCUGAGGAGAGCUGAUUGUUUAAGCCUGGUAGAUAAAAUUAUUUCCAUUACUUCUAGAUGGAAUGGUCUUCAUUUGUCUAUGGCAGGGAGGGUGGAGCUUAGUAGAGCUGUUAUUAUUCCAAUGGUUCAGUACUGGACAUCAGUCUAUGCUCUUCCUAUUGCUGUCUCUAGUUGCAUUGAAAGGAGAUUGAGGAACUUUGUGUGGGGUCAUGUUGAAAAUACUAAAAAGAUGCAUGGUAUGAGAUGGAAGAAGAUUACUGCACCCAAAGAGGAAGGGGGUUUGGGAUUGAGACGAAUUGCAGAUAUUGAUACUGCCGGGAAAAUAAGUCUUGAUUGGGAUUUUUCAUUGUCUAAGGACAGGCUGUGGGUGGCAGGGUUUUCACAUUGCUAUUUGAAAAAGGCUUCUUACUGGAAUGUGAUUCCUAAAGUUGCUUCUUCAGCUGUCUGGAGGAGUAUUAUUGAGGUUAGAGAGCUUCUGAAGGUCAAUUGCAGAUACAUUAUUGGAACUGAGCAGAAUGUUAGUAUUUAUGGAUCCUUGGUGUGAAGGCAGGUUCUUGAGAGAACUUUUUAACCAUAGGAUUCUUGGGUACUUGAGUCGUGAAAAGAAGAUUAGUAUGUGUGAUUUCAUUACAGAUGGUCAAUGGGAUGAUGACAAACUGAGCAACGCUACACAGGAGCUGCUGCUGCUGUUUAAAAAUCAGUUGAUAACAGGUGGGGUGGAUCAGAUUAAAUGGAUUCAACCUUUUUGUUUCAAAGUUGCAUGGGAAGCUGCUAGAGUGAAAUUGGAGGAUGUGGUCUGGGCUGGUCUAUGUUGGAGUGGGGGGAGGCCAAGAUGGUCGGUUCAUACUGUUUUGGUUAUGCAGGAAGCAAUUGUAACUCGGAAUUUUUUGCAGAAAAAAGGUUUUAAUAUAGCAACAAGAUGCUAUCAAUGCUAUAGAGAUGUUGAAACUUUGGAUCAUUUGUUCUAUAAUUGUGAUUAUACUUGGGAAAGUAUGGUGUUUUUUGGCUGAAAUCUGUGGAUGGAAUUUGCAGAGGGGUUUAGGAGUUCACGAAUUAGCAACUCAGUUUAUUCAAAAUGAGCAAUGAAAGGAUGUCAAGAAGAUGGCUAGAGUUAUGCUUACUGCAACAUUGUAUUUCAUUUGGUGGGAAAGCAAUAAUCGUUUACAUGAUAAGCAAGAAUGCGAGGCUUAGGAGCUAGCUAAAAGUAUACUAUGGGAGGUUCUUGAUGUGUUGGGGGUUAACCUGCAGGACAUUUUGUAAUUUUCUGUUGCUUUUAGUCUAGGUUGUUUUUUUUGUCCUUUUUAGGACUUGGUUUGUUUCCCUUGUGAGGGUAUGCCCUCAUAUGUUUCUAUAUAAGAUUUUGUUUAUAUAUAUACUCCUUUCAUUUAGGAAAAAAAAGGGUGUAAUAAUAACUUGGGAAAUGAAGCUUUGUUGGUGAAGUUGGAAAACCA